AUUUAAAAUUGACAUAAAUAUUUCAUACGCUUGCGGAAACUCCGACCAAAUAUUAUGGCUUUCAAGGAAAUUGCAAUGUUUUCCAGUUUGGUGGUGGUCACCAUUAUAAGUUACAAUGUACUAGAAGGCAAUGCACAAUCAAUAAAACCAUUAAUAGACCAAGAUUACUGUAAAGUAAAAGCCUCAUUGUAUGAUUUGGGAGAAAUUGGGAUGAACUUGAUGGACGAUUCGCAGACAUUGAACGACAUGCAAAGGGAAUAUUUCGCUGGAAAAGUCGAUUAUUCUGCCGUGGAAAGAGCAAGAAAUGAACUUAACCAGACCAAAAAUAAGCUGUUCCUAAAACUUAUAAAAUAUAUUUGGGCAACAAAUGAAUUUGAGCCUACAGUCAAUUAUCAAACCGCAGAUCCCCAAAAGCUUUACAAAGCCAUGGACGACUUGGAAAAUUACAAAGAUGAGAUGCAUGCCGAUCUUCUUAACUCAAUGUCCCCUACUCUUCAACCAACAGUCGUUGGAGCAUAAUACUUAUUGUAAUUUUAUGUUUUAUUUUUGACUCUGAUGUAUGUUAUUGUUUUUCUAUUAAUCAAACGUAACCGAUUACAAUUUUAAUAAAACAAAUGAAUCAUCGUUAAGUAUCCGAAAAUAUUUUGUUAUAAAUUAAUAUUAUAUUCCUUUGAAAUCCCUACAGAAAAGAUAAGUAUUUUAUGAUUAUUAUAUAUUCCUUUAGAAUUUAGAGGAUCAAACAAACUGUAUAAUAAUGAAUACCUAUUAUAGGAAUAGGUAACCUAUUUCAUUAAUAAAAUAUUUUAGUGAAGUUUUAGUAUAUUAAAAAUAAAUUAUUAUUUAUUGAUACUUAUAUGAUAUGUUUUCUAUAUUAUAAAUUUGAUGUGUGUGAAUUGUAAAAUUAGUCUUUCAUGUGACGGUGUUAUUAUUCUGGGCUUUUGAUAGUCGUUGGUUCAUUCGAGGGUGGCUCAGCCCAGAGGUGUAAUGAAUAUUUCUUGCCGUUUUCAAUAAAAUUAUAUACCUAGGUAGCAA